GACGACUGCUGUCAUGUCUGUGCAUAAGGUGACUGUGGGUCUGCUGGCCCUGCUGCUGCUCUGUUCUGCACAGGAGGACCCGCUUGCUCGUUUGUCUGUUGGAGAGCGACUCGAGAGAGUGAACAGUAACACCAUUCGUGGUGUAGAUGAACCUGAGGUGAUCGAAGGAGACAUUUGGGUUUAUGAUGAGAAUGAGAGAAAUGCUGAUCCCUGCACCUCCCGUAAUUGCAUGUGGCCAAAGUCGAGCGAUGGCAAAGUCUACGUACCUUAUGUAAUCGCCAGUCACUACUCCGACGGUGAGCGCCAGAUUAUCCAGCGAGGUCUGGACUCUUUCUCCUCCAUCACCUGUAUCCGUUUUAUUCCCCGCUCCAAUGAGAGGGAUUACAUCAGCAUCGAGUCUCUGAAUGGAUGCUACUCUUACAUCGGACGUAUCGGUAAAGCACAGACCUUGUCCCUGUCUCGUAGCGGCUGCAUCUACCAUGAUACCGUCCAGCACGAGCUUCUUCACGCUCUGGGUUUUAAUCACGAACAAACACGCAGCGACCGAGACAGCUACAUCCGUGUAGCCUGGGAGAACAUUAUGGAGGGAAAAGAGCACAACUUCGACAAGAAGGACACUCUGAACCAGGGAACGACUUACGACUACAACUCCGUCAUGCAAUACCACAAAACUGCUUUCUCUAAGAAUGGCCUGCCCACCAUGAUCCCCAUCCCUGACCCCAAUGUGCCCUUCGGUACAGCCACUGAGAUGAGCCAAAACGACAUCAUCAGGAUCAACCGACUCUACCAGUGCUAAACUUCGGAGUGCCGCAGACGUACCUCGGACCGGAUAACUUUAAAGGGAUGAUGAUAAAUGCCUCUGAUGGUUGUGUUGACAGCUUGAACCUUAACAAUAAAACAACUUGCAGUCA